AUGAAGCGUAAAGGCCGCACGGUCACCAAACGUCGCUCGAAGCCAUCGCUGACCAUCUCGACGGGCCAGAACGGCUACGCGAGCGAGAGCAUGGAUUCCUCCAUCGAGAUGCGCAAGAGGGAAACCUCCAUUGAGUCUUCUGCGAGCCGGGCCAACCGUCUCAUGGCGCGUCCCAGCUUCAGCCUCGACCACGAUCCCCCCAUGACCCCGCAAACCCCCGCCAUGACGACCACCUCGUUUGCCAACCUUCCCGCGAGCGAUCGGCGAAACUUCAUGCUGCUGUGUGUGCUCUACUUCCUCCAGGGAAUCCCCAUGGGCCUGGCUACGGGGUCGGUGCCCUUCCUGCUGAAGCCCUACCUCUCGUACGGCCAGAUCGGCAUCUUCUCGCUCGCCUCCUACCCCUACUCGCUCAAACUCCUGUGGAGUCCGAUCGUGGAUGCAAUCUGGAGCCGCCGUUUUGGGCGGCGGAAGAGCUGGAUCACACCGGUGCAGGUCAUCGCGGGGCUGGCCAUGAUCUACCUGGGCGGGCGCAUCGACGAGAUGAUGGAGGCGGCGGGCGCCAACGGCGGCGCGGGCGUGUGGAAGUUCACCUACUGGUGGUUCCUGCUGGUGUUCUUCUGCGCCACGCAGGACAUCGCCGUGGACGGCUGGGCCAUCACGCUCAUGUCGCCGCCCAACAUCUCCUACGCGUCGACGGCGCAGACGGUCGGCCUGACCGCGGGCCACUUUCUGUCGUACACGGUGUUCCUGGCCUUCAACUCCGAAGACUUUGCCAACCGGUGGUUCCGCAGCGCUCCGGCCUCCGGGGGUUUGCUGUCGCUGGGCUCGUACCUGGUCUUCUGGGGGUGGGCCUACAUCGUGGUGACCACUCUGCUGGCACUGAUGAAGAAGGAGGACCGGACGCACGAGCGCGACAGCAUCAGCGAUGUCUAUCGGAGCAUGUGGAGCGUGCUGAAGCUCAAGAACAUCCACACGAUCAUCUUGGUGCAUCUGAUCGCCAAGAUCGGCUUCCAGGCCAACGACGGCGUGACCAGCUUGAAGCUGCUGGACAAGGGCUUCGGCCAGGACAACAUGGCGCUGGUCGUGCUGAUCGACUUUCCUUUCGAGAUCGGGCUGGGCUACUAUGCGGGCAAGUGGUCGACCGAGUACACGCCAAUGCGCCUGUGGUGCUGGGCGUUUAUGGGCCGGCUGGCAGCGGCCGUGCUGGCGCAGGUGACGGUGAUGAUCUUCCCGGCGGGCGACGCCGUGCCGUUCUGGUAUCUGUUGACGGUGAUCGGCGAGCACAUCUUCUCGACGUUCAUGAACACGGUCAUGUUUGUGGCGGUAUCGGCCUUCCAUGCGCGCAUCGCCGACCCGAGUAUCGGGGGCACCUACAUGACGAUGUUGGCCACGGUGUCAAAUCUGGGCGGUACAUUCCCGCGGUACUUCAUCCUCAAGCUGGUGGACAUGUUCACGGAGGCGACCUGUGUGCCGCCGACGGUGCCACCGAGCGCCGAGGCUCUCAAGGGCGAGCUGGUCACACAGGCCUUUUCUUGUGCGCUGGAGCCCGACCGCAACCGGUGUGUGCACGGGGGUGGCACCUGCAACGUGAUCCAUGACGGCUACUACACGACGAAUAUUCUGUGCGUGGUGAUCGGGGUGGUGACGUUCGUGUUCUUCAUCAAGCCGGCGGUGCUGAAGUUGCAGGGGUUGCCUCUGCGGGCAUGGCGAUUAGGGCCGGGGCGGCAGUAG